GAGUGGGGGCACGAGGAGAGGAAGGGAGGGGGUGAAAUGUUUUUAGAGAGCGUGACACACAGAGAGAGAGGGAGGGAGAGACAUCCCUGAUACACAUCGACUAACAGGCGGUUAGCGGGACACACAGAAAGAGAACAGGAAAAAAAAAAGCUGGUCACAUUUCUCAGGCACCUGAAAACGUGCGGGUUAUUUUAGGACUCGUGUUGCUUAUUGAUGAGUGGGAGUGUUUAAACUACUUCCACUCCGUUCAUGUUUUGGUGGUCACUGUACAUGCAAGCAGUCAGUCCAGCAUUAGACGACCACAAUUAAACAGCACGGAACAACUGAACAACAUCGACCUACUACGAAACAUGGAACACAGUCCUGGUGGUGGGGUUAUCUUGUACGCUGGCUCAUCUGGCAGCGCCAGCCCGAGUCCUGGCAGCCCCUCAAGCGGAUACCAGACCCAGUCGCCCUCAUCCCACUCGCAGCCGUCAUCCCCAGAGGGUGGUUCCUUUCAGGAGAUCGGGCCCCUGAAGCAGAGAGGGGAACGAAGGGGAGGGACUCCUUCCCCAAAAUUGGUCUUCCAGUUUCCCGAAGUAAACAAUGCUCCGGUUGCCCAAAUAUCGGCAGUAUCGUCUGCAACCUACAGCCAUCCCACAGUGGCCAAAAGACCUUGUGGUUUCACUGGCACAUUCACCAAGACCGGAGGUAUGGUGCUUCUGUGUAAGGUGUGCGGAGACAUCGCAUCUGGGUUCCACUACGGCGUGCACGCCUGUGAAGGCUGCAAGGGUUUCUUCAGACGCAGCAUUCAGCAGAAUAUCCACUACAAGAUGUGCGUAAAGAAUGAAAACUGUCUCAUCAUGCGCAUGAACAGAAACCGAUGCCAGCACUGCCGCUUUAAGAAGUGUCUCUCCGUGGGCAUGUCCAGAGAUGCUGUGCGUUUUGGGCGUAUUCCCAAACGGGAGAAGCAGAGACUAUUGGAUGAGAUGCAGAGCUACAUGAACAGUCUCAAUGAAUCCGCUUCCAUGGAGAUGGAGGUGUCGCCUCCUACCGAUGCCCCCUGCAGUCCCCAGAACCAGACGAAUGACGGAGCGGGCUCCAUAUCGCAGUCUUACCACAGCAACUUGAUGAUCAGAGACGAGAAACCAAUCAAGAUGGCUGCCGGCAACAUUGGCACUUCCUCAUUCCGGAAUAAUUCAGUGCAGCAACCUUCCCUGUCACACUCCGCUACCCAGACUCACCACACGGUCCACGGGGAGCAGGCGAGCUACCUCGUCUCCACAAGCUGCCCCGUUUCCUCCACCAACAACGAAAACUCCACUAUCGUCGACAACGCCAAGUACAACUUCUCCUCCAAUCAGAAUCAGUGCCCCGUCAGUGGUCGCAUAUCAUCUCAAUCCUACUCAGCCAAUCGGAACAGUUACCCAGCCGGUGAUUUCCAGAGCCAAGGUCCCUGCCCCUGGAAGUUAAACGGAGGAGCCAAAGUGCUGGCGUGUCCACUUAAUUCAUGUCCCGUGGCUCCGGCCAGUCGCUCCAGUCAGGAGGUGUGGGAGUCUUUCUCCCAGUGCUUCACCCCUGCUGUCAAAGAAGUAGUCGAGUUUGCAAAGAGCAUCCCAGGUUUCCAGUCUCUCAGCCAGCAUGAUCAGGUCAUGCUGCUCAAAUCCGGUACUUUCCAGGUUCUGAUGGUGAGGUUCUGCUCACUGUUCGACCCCAAGGAGAGGACGGUGACCUUCCUCAAUGGGCAGACAUACUCACUGGCAUCCCUGAGGGCUCUGGGCAUGGGCACCUUACUGGACUCCAUGUUUGAUUUCAGCGAGAAGCUAGGAUCUUUGGGUCUGGAGCCAGACGAGAUGGCUCUUUUCAUGGCUGUGGUGCUGGUUUCUGCUGAUCGCUCUGGUAUAGUGGAAGUCGGAGCAGUGGAGCAGUUGCAGGAGAAUCUAAUAAAAGCUCUGCGCUCUCUCAUCACCAGUCGCCGCCCAGAUGAUAGCACCCUCUUCCCAAAGUUGCUGCUACGCCUGCCGGACCUGCGCACCCUGAACAACCACCACUCUGACAAGCUUUUGGCUUUCCGCUAUAGAUCCUUGAGUUCAAAGAGCUAAAGCUUCCUGAGGUAUCUGCUUCGGGGAGCCUCCCUGCUCCCCAUGCGAGCCUGGCCUGCCACAUACAGUACACUGGCCUGUGCAUGAUAGGCAGUUGUUGUGGGUGCUGUGCCAAGUUUGACACUAUGAGUGAACUAACAAAAAAUAUCAGCGAAGGACGUAGGCGCAGCAGGCGGUGGAGGCUCCUGAACUCAAACCGAUUCUUCCUCCAGUUCCAGGAUUGCUAAAAAAAAAAAAAAAAAAAAAAAAAAAAA